AUUGUGUUCAAAUCUGUUCAGUUUCUGUAGUACAUUAGGUACAAAACAAAUGGUCUGCACAUUACAAAUUUAGAACGAACCUGGUUAGAUAAAUUGCAGGUAAUUUUGUUUACUUCACUUGAUAUAACUCCUUGUUGACACUCGAAGCCAUAAAAUAGCUGUAUCUCAUUCGGAAACAAAUCUUCCAGUCAACAAGCAUCUCGUUCGAAGUAAACAUAUUCAACAUGAACCAAUUGGCAUGUGGCAUUCGCGGUUGUUGGCCGAUUGACGCAUCAACGACCGAAGUUCUGGAUCUGUUCAACGACACUACAACCGACGACCCGAUCAAAGCUUUCAUCGAAAUUCAACCCAAACUCAUCAACCUGCUGAUAUUGGUUAUUUGUGCCGUGGAGGUGUGCAUUGUUGGUGCACUGCUGAUCAUGCUGAAGGCUUGCAGAAGAUGCCGAUGCUUGAGACAAAGGAACAGACCAUCGAAUGCCGACGGAGUCCAGCCUGUGAAAGAUAACAAUUUGACGACUGAUCAGGAAGCCCCACUCCAUCGGGACGAUUCUCAACAACAGGUGCGGAUUGUUUUGGAAUCGGAUGGUAGUGCUCAAGUGGACGACAAUCCAACCGUGCAAUUGCUGCAAGAACGGUCGGGAGGUGUCGUAUCUUCUGAUGACGAUCAAAUGAUGCGAAUUUACACGAAUGCUCUAGCGGCUAUGGACAACGAAAGAUAACUUUAGUUUUUCUAUGAUGAUUACCAAUAAAAUUAAUCUAUUAUACAUUUGAAUCAAUACAA